UCCUUCAAACCCUAAUAACCCUUCUCUCUUCCCACUCGCAAUGGCUACCAAGCUGAACCGCUUUUCCUGUCCAAUAAACAAACCCGGUUUUCAAUAAAACCCACCUCUUUUUUUUUUUUCCCCUUUCUUUUUUUCGGUCCCAGCAUUUCCUGCCUGCCGUGGGCACUACUGAACCCAAACCCACUUUUUUUUUAUCAUUAUAUUUCCCCUAGCCUUACCUUACCCCUCUCUCUCUCUCUCUCUCUCUCUCUCUCUCUCUCCAACUUCGUCCUUGGAAUCUCUUUCUCUUUCUCUUUCUCCCUCUAGGUCUGUAUAAAUAUUUUUUUUUCUCUAUAAAUAUAUAAUUGGGCCAUUUAGUUUUACCGUUGUGAUUCAUAGCCCGUCUUGAAAGCAAGCAGUUGAGAGAAAGAGAAGAAUAAAAAGCCUUUUGCUUUGUGCUACAAGCCUGUUGUAUUGCAAAUUGCAAAACUUGCAAAGAGCUUAGCUCUCUCUCUCUCUCUCUCUCUCUCUCUCUCUCUCUUUCUUCUUUUUGGGUUUUGGUUUUUGGUUUUUGUUCUUAGUUAAGGGUAGUGGGAGAGUUUGCUCUGACUGCUUGCUUAUCCUGAGAGACAUGUCGAGCUGCAUCGAUGUUGCGCCUGAGCAACUCUGCUACAUCCCCUGCAACUUUUGCAAUAUCGUUCUCGCGGUGAGUGUUCCAUGCAGCAGCCUGCUCGACAUAGUGACCGUCCGAUGCGGGCACUGCACCAAUCUGUGGUCCGUGAACAUGGCCGCCGCGUUUCAGUCAAUGUCAUGGCAAGAUGUUCAGGCUCAAAAUUACGGCUACACUGCACCGACAGAUUACCGGAUUGAUUCGGGAUCGUCAUCCAGAGGCAGCAACAAAAUUGCAGUGCGAGCUCCAACUGCAAAUGUCACAGAGGAAAGGGUUGUGAAUCGACCUCCCGAGAAGAGGCAGCGAGUACCUUCUGCGUAUAACCAGUUUAUAAAGGAGGAGAUACAACGAAUCAAGGCUAAUAAUCCUGAUAUUAGCCAUAGGGAAGCAUUUAGUACUGCUGCUAAAAAUUGGGCGCACUUCCCUCAUAUUCAUUUUGGGCUGAUGUUGGAGACCAACAAUCAGACUAAGCUGGACAAUGGCUCUGGGAAGCAUCAUCUGUCAAGGACUCCAUUGUUAAACAAAUGAAGAUCUUGAUUGUGUUUUCAAGACAACUUGUUUGAUUGAUGAUUUCUGCAGCGUUUUCUUCAGGAGUGUAUGGAAACCAAAAAAACAAGGCCUCGACUAUGUUGUUUUUACUUAAGGACAUAAACUAUAUCCGUCGUCAUCUCUCUGUACUUUGUGACUAGUUGCUUAGGGAAUGUUACCUACGUGCAUGAUUUGAAGUAAGUAUUUAUUAUUACUGUUAAGCUACUUCAAUUUCCUCUGUCAUGUUCAUCAAUAUCUCCACUUUCCUAGUGAAGAUAAUGACACUUUAUAAUAAAUUCCACUUUGUUCUUCCA